AUGGCUUCGACUGCGAAGUAUCCAACACGAAAGCGUAGAUCACCAGUUUUGAAUGAAGAAAAAAAAUUAAAUUCAGAACAGAACCAUACCAGUGAGCAACCAGAAACGAAAUCACCUCACAGAUCUGAAGAUACGGAUGAAGAAAACAGUUGUGCGGGGAAUCAGCGAGAACUGUUAGAUGUCAAGCUACUCGAGCCACGUCCCAAGGUAAAGCUGAAAGAAUUUGACUCAUCAAAACAGAUCGUUCAACUAUUGGAAGGACGUGAGAGCGAAAUGGCGACAAUUGAAUCACAUUUGCAAAAAUGUAUCAGUUCAUCAUAUUCCAUGUCUGUUUACAUUUCCGGUCCACCUGGAACCGGAAAAACUGCAUCGGUAAAUGCCGUUCUGCAUGCAUUAUCCGUUAAGCAUAGGUUGAUAGUGAUUAACGUGAAUUGUGUAUCCACCAACACCGAAGCUGCUUUAUUGAGACUGAUGUCGGAUAAGUUACCUAAUUUGCGUUCGUCUCGUCGGAAUAUCGUCAGUUCGAAGUUGCUUGAUACAGUUGAAUCAUGUCUACAGAGAGCCGAUUGUCCGGUAGUGUUAGUUUUGGAUGAAAUCGAUUAUAUUCAACCGAAAAAUCGAAAUAUCCUAUAUACAGCUUUUCAAUGGCCAUCCAAAUUUUCUUCUAUGGCACUUAUUGCAAUCUCAAACUCAUUGGAUUUAACCGAACGAGAGCUACCAAAAUUGAAGUUGGCCAUUCCACCGAUCGUUCUUCCAUUUUCACCCUAUUCAAAAGAAGAUCUUUUGCGUAUCCUCAAAACCAAAUUAUCCUCGAAUAGCGAUAUUGAUGAACGUGCUGUCGAGUUGUGCUCGAGGAAGGUGGCCUCAAUGACUGGUGACGUUAGGCACGCCAUGCAGAUCGCUCAACAGAUGCUUCCUAGUUUAAGGUGUCCUAUUCGUUGUGAUUUUUUCUCGAAUUUUCAAUUAUUGCGAUGGCACAACAUACCAUUUGCGAUCAAUUGUGUAAAAUUUUUGUGGUGGUGGUUUUAUGUUAUGUCUCAGGAGGUUGUCAGUGACUUUCAGUAUAAUUUUACUGUUCAAGCGGAAAUGAAAAACAGCCUCAACGAGAGCUCAAAAUUAACUUCAGCACCUUCUAUGUCAUGCCCUCGAGUGCUUGGUGCUAUAACGAAUGUGUAUCGUUCUUCACUGGAUCGUGCUCGUAUUCCAUUACAGCAAAAAAUUUUGCUGGCCACCAUGUUGAGAUUGGCCGAUAAACAAAAAAAUACCACUCUUGAUAAAGAUACGUUACUGGAGGCAUACGAAAAAGUAUGUAAUACGAUUUCUCUGCCAUACAUUGAUACGGAAUGUGCAAAUUCAGCAUUCGCGUUACUUGAAUCCUUGUCGGUUUUGAAGUGUACUCGAUCUCAGAAAUGUCAGUUACUCGUCGACAUACCAACGGCUGUUGACUACAUCGCUGAUUCUGCGCUCAUGGCUCAGAUUAAUAAUUUGGCUCUAAAUUAA